GCGCCGUUGAAACGCACUCGUUUAGUAGGCGUGUUUGCUUGGCGUAAUUUUGUUCGAUAAUUGACAAUCGCAGGCGCCUUCUACACCCGUUAUGAUAACAUUCUGGUCUAUCGUUUCCCCGCCGUAGUCGUGAAUUAUUUUUCUCAUCGUAGUUUAACCCAGCGGUGUACGCGCAGUGCGUACGUUCGCGCGACCGAGCCCAGUCGUCUCCGUAUAACAUUGUGCGCCGCGCGCACUCCGCGAAUCGACAUUAAUAUACCGAAUACCCUCUUUUGCUCUUUUGUCCGUGUGGCCGUGUAAUCGGUACCGAUAUCGACGACGGUGCUCCGUUGAAGACCGUCCGAAGUCCGACUCACGUCGAUCCGCGUUUGACGCGUUCACGAGUUACAAGUGGACAAUAACAGAAUAAGACGAUAUUGUUAUUGCGUGUUCAGUCGCCCGUAAGUACACAACGCAAUAUAAUUUAGCGGAAUCCAAUGUGUGCGUAACCCGAAAUCACUAUCGAGUGUACGUGAUGUGACUAAAGAAGACUCAGUACCUAACUCUGGUACAUUGACGGAGAUCCUGGCAAAUUAGAAGGGGAGGGGGGAGGUAAAUAUUUUGUAGCGUACAAAGCAACAGGGGUUAAGCCCCCAUACAAAAAUACAAAGGUAACAGAAAUACCGCAUACCAACCUAAUAAUUUAUUACAAAUAUAAUACAUUUAUCUAUAAAAAUAAAAAAAAGUCGGGUUAGUAACACCGCUUAUAACUCAAGAACACGGCCGACCGAAUAAAAUAAUAACUAUUAAAAUUUCGGAAAGAUUCAUUAAAAAAAAAAAAAAAAAAAAAUCGUACUAAGAUAAUGGUGAUGGGUGCAGCCACUGUAUAGGUAAUUUAAUGUAUAUCUGUAAGCAACGAUAAACCACUGCUAACGAAAAAAAGGUUCUCAGCGCAGUUCAAUUGAUAGUGAUGCUUUAUCAAUAAUAUAAAUAUAUAUGUUAUAUUAUGGUAAAAUACCUAAUCAAAUAGGCAUUGUGCAUUUUCUUUAAUAAUAUUUGUUUAAUAUUGUACCGAUUUUCCCGUUUUUCUAGUUUUUCCACGUUUUCCACUGGUAAAAUCGAAAAAUGACUUCUUAAAGUACCUCCCCAGUCAGAUUUCCUUUUAGAAAAAGUGCUAUCAUUGUAAAUCAGAGCAAAAUUGCUGGUAGAGAAGUUGUUGACAGAAAAAUAAUAUCGUAAUAUUUUUUUUACUAAUACCAACAUUUCGUACAUUUGGUACAUUUUACGUUUUUUAAGCAUUUUUUCCCAGUUUUUUCCAGAUAUUAUGAAAGUCGCUUGAAAAAUCAAAAAAAAUGAUCUCUCUAAAUUACCAUUGAGUUAAAAUUUUCUCUCAGAAAAUAAGCUACACUUGAUACAUCGGAGCAAUAUUUCUGGUAGAAAAGUUUGCACAAAAAAUCGAGGGGUAUUUUGCGAAUAAAAUAGGGAACAAUGGCUUCAGUCUCUAAGUACAUCCAAAACGGAUUUGUUUUUCUCUUGUUUAAGUAAAAGAGAAAAAAAUGCGAAACAUUUUUUCGACACAAUGGUUUGAACUCGGAACCUCUAGGAUAAUAAUAAGUAUAAAUAACCAUUAGAUCGUGACAAGAUAUGCUCUAAAGACAAUAUAGAGUUAUUUAACAUAACAUAUAAUAUCAACAUAAUAUCAGAACUUCAAAAAGCUAUUAUUUCGAAACUUAAUCAGUCCAUUUUCCAUUUAAUUCUGACUUUACCAUCGUUCUAAAAUCGGCCAUAUAUCUACAUGUGUUCAAAAAAAAAAAAAUUAGUUUUGUUUUAAAUAAUUUUUGACUCAAACGAUUUUUAUUAAAAUUCCCAUAUAAAAAAAAGACUACAUUAAACACUAUUUAUUUAUUUAUUUUUUUUUUUUUUUUGACAACAAUGUAAGACUCUUGUUAAAUUUUCAAGCAUUUUUUAAAAUUUUACCUACCGAAUAAAUACUACGUACAAAACUCUCAAAAUUAAAAUAUCUAUAAAUACCUCAAUCACGGCUUAAAUUUUUUGAACAUUUUACCACGUUUAGUGGUAAAUGCUUAUGCUCUUAUACCUAUAACCUUUCGCAAAUAAUAUAAAAGAAGCAGGUACUUAUGACAUGUUUUAUGUUUGUUUAGCUGUCGGUUAUACGUAUUUACUUAUCGUAUAUACUGAUCAAUUACGCAGUAUUAUAGAAGCGGAACGAUGGCAACCACGGAGGCCACGGCAACAUUGAAUCCCGUCGGAGUAGGAGUUGAUUACAGCAGCAGUUACUGCAGUAAAGAUCCGCUCGACAUCGAGGCGAGUCGUAAUAUUCUACCAAUAAUAAUAAUUAUUCAUAAUAUAGUGAUGCAUACGACUGACAUCUGAUACAGUGAUAUUGCACACUGCAGGUAUUUCAGUAUUUGAUAACAACCACGGACUGAUCUCGGCAUGACGAUAGGCGUAUUACAGGGGGCCGAUCCACAAAAGUUUCCUCUGACAUCACACCUAGUGUUGCGUGAAACAAUUUCAAUUUAAAUUAAAAAGAAAAUUUUAAAAAGUCAGGUCUUUUGAAAAAUGUUUCAAAUAAAGUACUAUCAGUUGAAAAAUGUUAGAGGUUUUAUGUGAAAUAAGUCGGACCAUUUUCUAAUCGAAAAAUUAUCCAUACUAACUGCCUCGACAACGGCCUAUAUAGGUGACGCGGAGACCGGCAACCAGUUCACAUGUAUAUAUUUAAAAACUGUUAUUUAGAAAAUAUACGUAAUAAAUAAAUAUUAAGAAUAGUUUCCCGGGAUCAUAAAAAAAAAAAAAAAAUGCAUACUGAAUUAUUGCAUUACUGGUCUAAGUAUUAUCACAAGAUAAGUAUAGGUGUUAUGCCUAUAUAUUAAUAAAUUUUAAAACAAAUUUAAUUUGGAAAUCACGACUCGCGUAUUAAAUUAUUAUUGUUUGUAAACGUUUUUUGAAGUUCGAAUUUUAGCGAAAUUGAUUGAGUUUUUCAAUACAUUCUCAGGAGCUGCUCCGGUUGAACCCUAAACCGUUGGCCGGCUGCCAGUGGACGACUGUGCCCGCAGCGGUCGAGACCCGUGCUAACAACGGUCUAGACGACGUGGGAACUGACGAAACUGAACCGACGGCCGCUGCAGGAUCCGGACUAGCCCGAGCCCGAGCCACAGUCAAGCCGUCUAUCGUCACAAUCAAGGACCGCGAACACUACAAGCGCAAUUCGUCGUACGCCGAGGUAUUUCAUCCAGUGAUUCGAUGGAAUGAUAUUUCAAUACAUAAAAAAAAAAAAAAAUCACACAUUUAUAAAACAUGAUUAAUAAUAUUCGGCUCAGAAUUAUUUUUGUUAUGGUUUAUUGUUGUGUACAGGUAGUAAUUAAAUUACUUUAUACAUCCUGAUCCUCUCUUAUAAUAUCUUUUCAACAACAGUGGCAAACCUAUCGCAGCAGUAUCAGCUUUUUUUUAAAUUUCGAGCGUAGCGAGGGAGCUAUUGGUUUUACAAAGGUGUUUUUUUUUCUUUUUCUUUGUUCUUUGUUCUAGUCUGUGGACACGGUUUUUCCUAGUAAAAUUGCUCCAGUUUUUAUGUGUAGCAACUUUUCUGAAAGCUGAAGUUGUCUAGAUGGUAUUUUAAAGAGAUCAUUUAAGUGGAAAAACGUAUAAUUUCACGAUUUUAUUAUUUUAUAAAAACACGGACAACGUUUUUACAAGAAAAAAUGAUUUAAUCAAAAAAUAACAAAUCACGUUUUUUUUUGCAUUUUUGAUUUACUUUCUUGCAGUAUUAUUACCAAAACUUUUGAGCUUUAAGGAGUUUUAAUUUUUGGGAGUUUGUUUGCUGUAAUUUGGUUAUAAAUACACGUAGAGACUUGAAACUUAAUAAUAAUAGUUAUAUUGGACUUACCUAGACGUGGUAAAAUUUCCAAAAUCAUUGAACAACUUUUUUUUUAAUAAGUGUUUUAAAAUCAAAUUCUUGCGAAAAUCGUAAAAAAAAUGACGGCACUUCAAAUUAUGUAUUACCGAACUACAUUCGUAAUUGUCUUUAGUCAGCAAUAGUUUAUAGUUACUUACAGAUAUAAAUGAAAUAACCUUAUGUAUCCUACCUUCCCAACUUCCCACCUACAACAAUAGCUGUACCCAGGUGCGAAGUAUGUCUGUCAUUUUUAAAAUUAAAAUUAAAUGGAAAUUUUUUAUACCUACCCAACGAAUUUUUACCAGGCAACCUAAACUAACUAGCAUAUAAUGUUAUACAAAAUUGGCAUUUAAAUUCUUUGAAAAUUGAAUUUCAUUCGUAUUUUUUAAAUUUGUACAAGAAGUAAACGGAAAAUAUAAUUCAUGGGUUCUACACCUACUGUUCGUAUUUAAGUAACUAUCAUGGUUUUUGUUAUCAGCCCGAAUAUAUCACAUAAUAUGUGAUGACAUCACCCAACAUUGCUAUUGACACAAUGGUAUACCAAUACGAUAAUUAUAUUUUGUAAAAUAAUUUUCGUUAUAUCCGCAGGAUACCAAGGACGCCGUGAAAGGAUGUGCUGGCGGUUUGUGGAACCAGUGGUGGACGGAUAUCAAGCCCAGCACUCUGCGAGGUGGCGAGCGGGCGGCGGUGAGGGAGGCUCGUCGUUGCCUUAAGUGCGCUCACGCUCCGUGUCAGUUAUCGUGUCCAACGUCCAUCGAUGUCAAAGCGUUUAUCACGAGCAUCGCCAACCAGGUACCAUAUUAUAUUUAGUGGUUAUUAGCGGUAUAAGCUGAUAUCGUGUAUCGGCCGAUAUUAAGAAAGUUAAAAUAUCGGAUUUAUUUCAAAACUGAUACUUCACCGAUAGUUUCAGUAAAAAAAAAAAAUAAUAAAAAAAAAAGAGUAUAACAGACUAGAUCAAUGGUUCUCAGCCUAUAUUGAUUUAUGUCACCCUUAUCGACAACAACCGACUUUGAAAUUAUAAGACAUUCAAGGAACGGUAUCAUUGAAAAGUGAGUGAUGGGGAGGGAAUAUUACGUUGCUCGGAUGGCGUGAGCAGUUAUUUGACAGCGAUGGCAAUAAUACGAUUUUAUUCUAAAAAAUUAAGUUUUCUUAUUAUUUUACCCGGUGAUUUCCUGAUCUCUGAACUACUAAAUGUCACCCUAAGGUGACAUUUCAACCCGGUUGAGAACCACUGGACUAAUGAAUAAUGGACGUACUACUGUACUAUUAGUAGUACCUAUCAUUUUCAAAUGUUUCAUAUAGCUUUUAUGUUAUUAUAGUAUGUACUAAGUAUAUAAAGAUGUUUACAUUGUAUACGAUCUGUCCCGCCUGGCUUUAUCCGUACCAUUCUUGGACGAAUCAAAAGUAGGUAGAAAGUGGGCAAUCCUAAAAUGCUAAAGUUGCUAAAGAAUAAAUAAAUCGGAAAAAAGUAAAAUGUAUAAAUUAAGUAAAAAUAUUAUUUCAACUGAAUAAUUUAUUUCACCAAUUUAAAUUGCAAAUUACAAUAACCUUACGUUCUUCAGUGCGAAAAAAAAAUAAAUCAAAUCAAACGUCUUUUAUCACUAUCCAAUUUAACUGGAGGUGAAAAAAGAAAAAUCAAGAAAAACAUGAAAAUUUACGAAAUUUAUUAUUUUAAAGUCAUAAAAUAUUAUGGUUUUUCAAAACAUGUAUAACCGAACUCCGCUCAAAAUAGUUUUUCGUUAGCAAAGAUUAAUAGCUGUGUACAGAUAUACAUUGAGUUCCCGUAUGUAUCCUACCUUUCUAACUUCGCACCUACCUCAGUAGUCUCACCCAUCAUGCGAAGUAUGUCUGUAUCUUUUUUAAGGUCAUGGCAUAUAAAUUAUGUCAAGUGGACAUCCCCCUAGAUACCUUAGCUAUCAGUGUUGAGACUUAUCUAGAUAAAUAUUUAAUUAUCUUUUAUUUUAUCUUAGAUAAUUAAUCAUUAACUAAUUAAUUAUUUAAGAUAAAAAAUUCAUCCAUCUAGAUAAAUUCGUCUCUAUACAAUUAUAUAUAUAUUUCAACUAUAUAUUUUCAUUGUCAAUUAAAUUUUUCGAUAAUUAUUUCUUUAAAUACUUUAAAUAUUAUAUUUAUAAAUAAUUUAUAUCACAUGUGUAUAAAUUAUAUAAUAUGUUAUACCAUAACAUCAAAUAAAGUGUUAUUUUAUUUAUUGUAUAGUAUAGGUAUACUAUGCAAUGUUCAUAGUAUAAAUGACAUUGCAUGUAUAUUAUCUAAUAACAAUAAUUAUAUAUCUACUAAUAUAAAUUUAAAUACAUACAGUUGUGAAGAUUCGUAACAAUUAAAAUAUACUGUGACGAGCCGUGUAAAAUAUUUUUUUUCUUUAUAUUUAUACAUAAUUUUGAAAAUGUUUGUUCAGUUUUACUUUAAUUAUUGAUUAAUAAUAAUGUCUGUUACUACCAUUAAUUUAAACAUAUAGCCGGUGUUAAACUAAUAUUGAAGUACUAAGUAGUAUCUAAGGUGUACUCUCAAAAAGUUGGACUUAAAAGUAGGUAUUAAAAAAAAUGUAUCUCUUUUUUAUCUAGAUAAAAAUGUAUUUAUCUUUAUCUAGAUUAUUUUGUAUCAUAUUAUCUUUAUUUUUAUCUAGAUAAAAAAGUACUUGUCUAAUCUCAAUACUGUUAGCUAUACAAUUCGGUUUAGGAUCCAAUGAUCCUAUACGAUUACAUAAAGCUAUAGCUUUUGUUCAUAAAUUAAUAAAUGGUAAACUAUCCUGUCCAGAAAUCCCAAAGAAGAUUAAUUUUAAAAUGUCAACUUUUAAUUCAAGAAAUAAUCGUCGUUUCUUAGUCGCUUUUUUCAUGCAAGACAUUAUUACAUAUUUAAUUUUGAUUUAUUUUGUAAUUCACAAUUUAAAUUGAAAAAAUAUAAUAAUGAAUAGUAGUUAAACUUAAUUGUAUUAAUUGUAUGCGUAUAUAUAUUGUUUCUUUUUUUCCCCUUUAUUUCUCUUUUUUUCUGUUUAAAUAUUUAGUAUCUAGAUCCAUGAUAUUGGAUUGGUUUAGUCUAUAAUCUUUUAUAUAUCUAUGUGGCUAUAUUCAUUUGGGAUGUUAAAACUUUAAAUAAAUUAAAUAAAUAAAUAAUUAAUAUUAUUUAAUGAUGUUUAUUAUUUUACGGAUUAUAAAAAAUUAAUUCGGGAAAAUAAUCAAUUCAGUCUCAACGGUUAGAACGUAGGUAGUGAAUUUUUAUUUGCUAUCAUUACCAUUAUUAUAUUUUCAAAUUUCUUGUUACAUAACUACGUUCUUCGAAGCAGUGAGCUAAAUGUACAUAUUUUAAGGAAGUAAAAAUUAAUCUAGUUUUACUUAUUCUGCGUAAGCAUUUUUUUUUGCAUAUUACUCGGUAAUUGGACUGAGACAGUAACGCGGGUAUAACGUCCUCUUAUCAUAAUAUACUAUGUUAUAAUUAUAUUUUAUUAUAAUAUGAAAUUAUGUGUAAUGUAUGGACUAUAGAGAUUUUCGUUUUUAAUAAUUUUAAACGUGAUUUGCACAGAACUAUUAUGGAGCCGCCAAGAUAAUUCUGUCCGACAAUCCAGUAGGCCUUUCUUGUGGUAUGGUGUGUCCAACGAGUGAAUUAUGCGCUGGCUCUUGCAAUCUAGCUGGUACAGACGGCGGUCCCAUCAACAUUGGAGGUCUGCAGCAGUUUUGUCUGGAAGUAAGUGACAUUUUUUUUUAUAAUUUGUUUACAUUGUAUAUCUACAUCACGUACAUUUAUAAUAUUCAUGUUAAGUUUUAGAUUCUGAGUGGAGUGAAGAAGCUUAUGUAUAGUUAUUAUAGUUUUACAAAGAUGUUUUUAUUUUCCGUGCGCCUUUUCUACCAGAAAAAUUGCUCCGAUUUUUAUGUAUAGCGCCUUUUCUGAAAGGGAAUCAGCGUGGAUAGGUACUUUAAGAAAGUCAUUUUUCGAUUUUUCCAGGAGUUUUCUCAAUAAAUGUGAAAAACUGAAAAAAAAAGAAGGAAAAUGGGAAAAUGUACGAAAUGUAGGUAUUAAUUAAAACAAUAUAUUACGGCCUUCUUUUUUUUUCCUGUUGUAGUAAUUCAAAAAUAAGGCGGGGAGUGCCUAGUUAUAUAAAACUGAUUCACACGUAUAAGUUAACUAUAAAUUUGAUUACCUUUCUUCUUCAGGCGGCAAAUUGAUCUGUUGAAUUUGAUAUAGGUGACCGUAGUAAAUAAAAAGAUUUCAAUAUAAUAACUGUUUCUAUUUUAUUAAUUUUUUAAAUAUAAAAUACUGUUCUAGGUUCCCGUGCUUUUGUAAGAAUCUCUGCGUAGUCUUUUACACUCGCUUGUGAUCAUCUGUCCAAAAGCAACGGGAACAAUACAUACACUGUGNAUUUGGUUAAUACUAACAACUUAAUCUAAUAAUUAAUGGCUACAAAUUAUUAUAAUUAUUUUACAAUAUUGAUUAUAUAAUUUAUUUUAAUUAUAUAUGAUAGCUUAAGUAUUAUCUCCUUACGAUGAGUAAAUAUCGUACUAAAAUAUAUGUUAUUUGAUAAUAAAAAAGAAUGAAAUCGGAUGUAAAUGUUUUACUAUCAUUCCUGUUAUUAAUUGUUUGAUUUAUUAACAUUACAUAAUAUUUUAUUUUACGUAAUGUAUGAUAGCUUAAAUAGCAUAUCAUUACACUGUGAACAACUUUUCUACCAUCAAUGUUGCUCCAACAAUGUUAGCACUUUUUUCAAAAGGAAAUCUUACUGGGGACGUAAAAAGGUAUAUUUUUGAUUUUCCCAAGAGUUAUACCAGAAAAUGUAAAAAAAAAAAAACGGGAAAAAACAUGAGAAAAUCGAGAAAACGUAAUAUAAACGGGAAAAUCGGUACAAAAUUAAACAAAUAUUAUUAAAGAACAUAUAUAAUAUAAUGCCUAUUUAAUUACUUAACCAUAAUAUGACAUACAAUAUAUUGUUGACAAAGCAUCACUAUCGACUGAACUCCGCUCAGAAUCGUUUUUUUCGUUUGAAAUGAUUUAUCGUUGCUUACAGGUAUACAUUAAAUUACCUAUAACAGUGGCUGCACUCAUCCCCGUUAUCCUAGGACAUUUUUUGAAAACGGUUUGAAUUCGGUAGAUUUUUAACAUCCAGUUCAAAUUCACAGAUGUUUAUGGACAUGGCCGUGCCGCCCUCGUCGGUAUCUUCGGAUAACGCAGACGAUAGCAGUGAUGACACUGAAAGUGAAGAUCACCAAACUUUGAAAGCUCGAGGCCAAAGCAGAUUGGCUCCAAUAGCCGUGGUGGGCGCAGGCCCGGCAGGGUUGACUUGUGCUACGUAUUUAUCUCGACUCGGAUACAAGUGUAUCACUGUUUACGAGUCAGGAAGCCACGCAGGUGGCCUCAGGUAUAAAUCUGUCGUCUAGAUAGCUAUUCCAUUUUGAUCGGUAAAUUAUGGUUGGUGUGUAUACUGUGUUCUUAAAUUGUAUUAGUGCCUCGGAAAUACCAGAAUACCGGUUACCGUGGCGAGCAGUCCGUUGGGAAAUCGAUCAAAUGGUAGAGCACGGUCGCGGUAACGUUCGCUUAGAAUAUGGACGUCGGCUAUUUUCCGCCACCGCUGAUGACGGUAAAGCUGGUGACUUUACACUAAAGGUGUGUGUGUGUACAGUGUAUACUGAGUAUGCAUACAUAUUAAUUACUUUAGGUAACGUUUUAAUAAAAAUUGUUUUCACUUAUUCAAGGACUUAAUAGAACGUCCAGACGGAGCGAAAGCCGUAUUCGUGUCGGUCGGUUUGCCGGAGCCACAAAUCCCGACUGAACUUUUAAGUGAAAUUGACAUCGACGGAACGACUUCUGCAGAAAAAACAGGCGUGUAUACAUCCAAAUGGUUACUGCACCGGGCUUCGGGGUACUCCAAGCGACUGCCCACAAAUGCCGGUGCCAAAGAUCAAGGGGGUUGUGGCAGUGGUGGUUGCGCUUCUGGCUGUGGUAAAUCAGUAGCGACCCCUGUGCUGUUACCACCGGACUUCCGUGGAAAAACUGUAUUGGUUCUGGGCGCGGGUGACACGGCCAUGGAUUGUGCGACAGUCGCUCUCCGAUGUGGUGCCCGUCGUGUUCGUGUUGUUUUUCGACGUGGAACUCCAGACGUACGUGCUGUUCCGGAAGAAUUGGAAGGAGCGAUGCGUGAACGUUGUGAACUCGUACCGCAUGCGCAACCGGUUAAAUUUCUUUUCCAUAAAGUUACUAAUGGCGAGACUUACAACCGGAUCCGAGCUGUACAGUUCCGUCGAACAGAUGUGGACGACUUAGAUGCAUUGGAUUCCCAGGACGAAGACCAUUCGGCUGAAGACAUGUUCACUUUGCGCGCAGAUUGUGUCGUAUCAGCGUUUGGAUCGCGUCUACCACCGGAAGGUGAGUUCAAAAUGAUUAGUAAUACUUUAAGAUCAUAAUAUAAUUUCUAGACUUCACUGAUCAUCUUAUGAGUGUAUACUGCAUGUUUAGUGACAGGUGCGCUGGCACCUUACGCCCGUAUCGAUCCCCGAACCGGACGAGUAUGCAUCGAUGCUCAAACUGGGCGUUGUGAAUGGCAGACGAACGUGGAAGAUGUGGCCGAUAAUAAACAAGACCGACCACCCGUUUGGUGUGGUGGUGACGCUUCUAUUGUGAUAGGUUCUGGAGCCAACUCGUCACAGACCACAGUGGAGUCGGCUAACGACGGUAAAACGGCAGCGUAUCACAUACACGAAUACCUGCAGGUAAACAGUUAUCUCAGUGAUAUACAUAAUUAUAUUUAAUAUCAGUAACGAAUCCAGGGAGCAGAAGCGUAUAUAGGAUUUUAUUGAGGAGAGAUAUAUGAAAUAAUAUGUUUUAGAGCCUAAAUUUUUCCUAAAGCCAUCAUAGACUUUCGAAGUAUUAAGUAUUAAGAGACCUAAUGACAUUUCAAAACUUAUUAACUUAAUAAUAGUCCCCUAAAAAUGUUUAAAUACUUUGAAAGUUUCUAUCACACCCAAAAAUAAUCUUUCAUCAUAAAAUCAAAUUGGAGCAAUCUUUUGACUUUAGUUUCUCCCGUGUAGAGGUUUAAUAAAAAUUAAUACAGUAUUUAUAUUCUAAUAUUUUAUUUUAUUAAUUUAAAAAAUGAAUUCAAGUUUUCUAUUUCUAUACAUACAUGAAAAAUUCGCCUGGCUUGGCCUCAACUCCACUGUAACAAGAUAGUAAAGUUAACUCAUUCAGUCUAGUCUAUAAUUACAAACCGUGACAUACAAUAUUUACAAACAGUUUAAAUUAAUAUUUUUUUUGAAAACCCUAUUUUGAUUUUGUUGUUAUUAUUGUGUAAUGAUACUCACAGAAUAACAAAGUGAUUUAAUGUCGGUGUUUAAUAUUAUAUAUUUAACUGUUAAAAAUGUAAAAGUAGAUUAGUAUAUCACAUAACAGAUUACAAAAUGUGUUAUCUAUUGUAUGUGUGUUUAUACAUAAAAAAGGCACGGGAGGAGAUCUAUUUCUCAUAUCUCCCCUAUAAAUUCGCCACUGCCAGGGAGGGGGAUUUAUAUGAUGUUUAUUAUAUAAAUUAGUGCUUUUUAUGCAUUUUCAAAUCACUCUCCCCCCUCUGUCAUCUUGUCCUGGAUCCACCCUAUAGUUGAUUUAUUAAUAUACUAAUUGGCAUUCGAAGGAGAUGUACGGUUACCGGAGCACACGAAAUAGAAAACUGCCGGAUCCACGAAUAUUGUUACCCGGAUUCCGAACCGCAAUCGAUGAUGUGGAUUUGUCCGUCCGGAUGUGUGGUCUAAAAUUCUUAAAUCCGUUUGGGUUGGCUUCAGCUCCGCCUACUACUAGUGCUGCGAUGAUCCGUAGGGCGUUCCAGGCUGGAUGGGCGUUUGCUGUAACCAAAACAUUCGGACUGGAUAAAGAUCUGGUGACAAACGUGUCUCCGCGUAUCGUGGGACUUGGUAACCACAGUGUGGGAAAUAGAGUCAGAGGCGAUAUUGCCGCCGGAGACCCUGAUGUAGCCAAGAGCGCUUUUUUAAACAUAGAACUGAUUUCGGAAAAGAAAGCGGAAUACUGGUUGCGUUCUAUCGGAGAGUUGAAACGCGAUUUUCCACGACAUGUGAGUAAAACGUUACCAAUAAAAACAAUACCAACGUAACAUGAUAAACGAUUUUAUAGAUCCUAAUAGCGAGCAUUAUGUGUGCGUAUAGCGAAAGCGAUUGGACUUUAUUAACUCGUUUGACGUGUGACGCAGGGGCUGAUGCACUGGAAUUGAAUCUGAGCUGUCCUCAUGGAAUGGGUGAAUCCGGAAUGGGUUUAGCGUGCGGUCAGGUACGACAGCAGUCGCCACGUAUAUGGUGAACAAAUAAUAUUGGUAUAGCAUUCAUUUUGUUUAACCGUGUAUAGGAUCCUAUUUUGGUGGAGAAUAUUUCGCGAUGGGUCAAGCGUGCAGCGGUGAGGACGGUUAACGGGACUAAAACAUCAGUGCCCGUGUUCGUGAAAAUCACGCCUAACGUGACAGAUGUAGUGACAAUAGGUCGGGCUGCAGUACGUCUUGGCGGAGCCGACGGAGUUACGGCAGUGAACACGGUCUCCGUUCUGGGACCACUGUACGUGGCCGGUGAGAAAAACAGCUUACCGUGGCCGGGAGUAGGUAAUGCCUCUGAUACACAACGUCGUACCACGUACGGCGGUAUGUCGGGCACAGCAGUCCGUCCAAUCGGGCUUCGAGCGGUUUCGGCCUUAGCCCGUGCCCUAGGACCAGAAUCCGGUGGUGACGGAGGUCCACCAGUUCAAAUUAUGGCUACGGGUGGCGUGGACAGUGCCGCAGCCACACUACAAUACCUGUAUUGUGGUGCUAAAGUCGUGCAGGUAUAAAUAUUGCUAUACACACAAUAGUCACCCACCUAUAUACACCCAAAAAUUGAUGAAAUUAAUUAAUUAAUUAAUUAAUUCUAUAUUAUUAAAGUAAGUAUGGUAAAAAUAAAAUAAUAUCACCGGGUUAAUAUUUUUCACAUUUUGUUUACCGCGUCUAACUCCAUACAUUUCUGUCAUUAUUAUAUUUUAUUAUAACUAUAGUCACGGAAUUAGGUAUUAAUAUGACAUAUUGCACGCAGGUGUGCAGUGCUGUCCAGAACCAGGACUUUACCAUCGUCCAAGACUAUAUAACUGGGCUGAAGGCGUUGUUGUAUAUGAAUAGUCGGGGUGACAGUCAACAGCAUGAACGUCGUCGACCGACCGCUGCACUGGUUAAGGACACGAUCGACCUUUCCGAUGACUACGAUUUAGUGGCGUCGGAUGUCUCAGAGUAUAAUGGUAAUGAAAUGAGUGGCAAACCAAAGUUCGGCCCUUAUUUGCGGGAUCAGCGUUGUACCAAGGCAGUUAAGGUGGCAGCCGAGAUGCUUGAAAUGAUGGAGGGAACUACUAAUGCACCGUUGAAAAAUGUGAUGACAGUAGCAAAUGUUUCGACACCGAUAGGGGACGUCGACAAGGAUAUAGUGAAGAAGACUCCAACUAUAACGACGCCCAUAGAACGGGUCAUAGGGUGUGGAUUAAAAACAGUUGGCGCGUACAAAGUACUCGACCAGCGUGCCCAGGUCGUUGCUUUGGUUAAUGAGGUGAUUUUUCUUUUGCGGUUAGCAAAAUCUGGAAGCGGUAAACAUUGAAAAAUAUGUCUUCGAUAAAUUUAAAAUGGUUUUUUUUUUAACACAACUUUAAUUCGUGGAUUUCAGUUUAUUCGGCCCAGGUGAAGCUACUAAUAAUGUCCAAAAUUAGAAAAAAUAGAUAAAAAAAAACCUAUCUAUACGAAGUGUGUUCAAAAAGUUCCAAGACUGUUUGAAUUGCGCACUAACGGAGCGUCCAUGAGCAGUAGGAUUGAUAUCAAUGGAUUUUGUGACUUCUCCAGAGUAUAUCUGUUUUUGUAGAUUGUCUAUAAUCAUCUUUGUUUUGAUAUCAUCAAUGUUUUUGUAAAAUAUUUUUUUCGCGAUUGUCGAUUUUGUAAUAAAUCCAAAAGAAAAGCUUUUUUUGUAGGGGGAGAGGAUUUUUUCUUCCAUUUUGUUGACGGAAUCUUAUUUAGUGGAGAAGACUUUUGCCAACAAAUCGUAAUUUAAAAAUUGCAGUUAUGCCGAGUGAAAGUUUUUCUCGAGAAUGUGGAAGAAGGUCCAAGUUCAAGUUUCUCAGGAAUUUGUUUGUAUGGUUAAUGACAAUAACUUAUUGACAAUUUACCAUAAUAAUUAUUAUUAUCUUAAUCAUCAAAAUGAAAGAAAAUAUUCUCCAACCAACUCCCCCUACCCCAAAAUAAGCAUUUUUUUGGAUUUAUUACAAAGUUGACAAUUUUUGAACACACCUCGUAUAACAGACACAAUACCAAUACGUGUUUAUUUUUGGAGGAAAAUUCAACAAAAAGGGUAUUCAUUUUACAAACAUAUUAUAACUUAUACAAUAUUUAAAAAAAACAAAAACAUUUUGAUAGCAUUUCUGGAGAUUCGGGGUUAUAACUCUUAAUCCCUCUAUAUAUAUGAGAUAUGCCAUUGUUUGUGAGAAGGAGUCUUUUCCCAGUUUAGAUAGUCCUAUCUUUUAAUUUCUAAGUUCUACGCUUUCAGAUUUUUUUUUUUUAGGCAUCGCUCACAAAUCACAAUAAUAUUAUUUUAUUAAAUUACAGGACUCAUGCGUCAACUGUGGCAAAUGUUACAUGGCAUGCAACGAUUCGGGAUACCAAGCGAUCGCGAUGGAUCCAAAAACGCACGUAGUUCACGUCCAACCUGACUCGUGCACGGGUUGUACCUUAUGCCAGACCGUCUGCCCGAUUCCUGGUUGCAUUACGUACGUAAUAAUAAUUUAAUAAGCACUGUUAAUCACUAUUAGCAAUGACAAGGGUGACCGGAGGUUGAAAUUCAGAGGUGUGGGGAGACAGCCUUAAUUUGUAUUAAAGUACUAGCUGUCCCGCCCGUCAUUGUCUGUGCCAAUUUUUUUAUUAUUUGUUUUACCCAUAAUACUUUUCAGUAUUGACCGUAUCAGUAUUGAAUAAAAAAAACAUAGGUGGAAAGUGGGUAGUCAAAAUUUGGUGGACUAAAAGAUUUUCAUACCAAAAAUGUUCAUAUAUCAAAUUUUGGGGAGGAAGAGAUUUCAAAAGAAAUGAACACUAACAUAACCUAUCAGAGAGUAGGGACGUUUGACAGUGGAAGAUGGUGUUUACUGUAUUAAAAUCGUUACUUGCAAAUGGCACGGUGUUCUUUUUAUACCUUUAUGUACGUAUUUUCCAACAAUUUUUGUUAAUACAAAAUUAAUAACUCGACUGUUAAUUUAUAAGUAUUAUGUAUAAAAAUUAAUCGAAAUUUUGUUGGUGACGCACUGACGCCAUAACUUGAAUAGUAUCCAAAUUUUCAAUUUUUCUGGUAAAUUUACCAGGCAUUUUUUUUACUACAAAACUUUAUUUUUAUUUAUCAUCAAUUUACUUUUAUUAUGAAAAAAUAUGACAUCAAAACUGAACAUCAGUUAUUGAACUAUUUUUGUUCACUUACGGGUUAACUUGGAGAUAGGAAUAAAUUAAAAAUAAAAAAAGUAUUGAGAUUUUUAUACAAAAAAAAUCAUCCAAAUUUACGAAUUUUCAGGAAAUUUUCUAAAAAUGUUUUUUCAUAAAAACCCUGACUUGACAAUAACGAAUACAACAACAAAAAAAAAAAACAACCAAAUCGGUUUAUCCGUUUUCAAGUUAUGGCAUAACCAAAGGCAAUAGAGAUUCAUUUGUAUACAUAUAGAUUAUGUUUAUUUUUAAAAUUGUAUAAAUGUAUUAUAAUAUAAUAUUGCAUUUUACACUUAUAAUUAGUUGAACACAAAUUGCAAUUUUUUGCCCCAAUUCGUCAACAACUUUUUCUCUUAAAUUAAGUUUUUCGACUUGUUUCCUAUGUAAAAUUAACUUACAUAGUCCGGAUUAUUAUCCGGUUAUAAUCCGAUUUAUAUUGAUAUUUAAAUAUUUUGAUCAUUAAAUCACACUCUCCAGCUCCAGUUCAGCGAUUAGAUAACCGCAAGUUCAUCAGCUGUAUACAAAAAAUAUCCACAAAUGAUCGGCUAUACUUAGUGGUUCACACAUCAUUGUAUAAUAUGAUAAUGUAAUUAUUUUAACUUGCAGGAAACCUAGGGGGGAAUUGUCCCUCCUGUCACCCUCUUUGAGUGCCCUUGACCAGUAAUGUGGUAAACAUUUAUAAACAAUGAUGCAUAUCGUAAUGUGACAAUAUAAUAAUAAUAAUAAUAUAUUUAAGCAACCAUCCCACAUCCUUCAUAAAAUACCCCCUGUAUUUUUUUUUGUUAUCCACUUGGUUAAAUUACUUUUAGUGAAUUAAAAAGGAAAACAAAUAAGUAGGUAUCUCCAAGUAACUACGUUUGAUAAGCUUAUGAUGUCAAUUUUGCUAACUUUCCAGUCUAACUCUUCACCUUACGCCUAGUAGUAUGAAAAUUAGGCACCAAAUUGUAUUGUCAAUUAAUGCAAAUGGCCUGGCUAAAAUUUGCUAUUAGAAAUUUAAAUUGUAUCAAUUCAAUGGCUAAUAAUGUACCGUGUAUGGUCUCGUGAAAAAGCUUGUGAUUUCUUAAUUUACUCAUUUACUUAUUGAAAGUGUACUAUAGGUAAAUAGUAUUAGUUCAUUAAUUGAUAUUGAUAUUACUGAAGAUACCAAAUGCCAUUAAAACGUUAUUCUUAUUAACCUACACCUGCCCAACCUGCAAUUUCAAUUAUAACGUCUAGGUGUAUUGUAAACUCCAUAUCCAUGCAACUGAUUAUUUAUAAUAUCAACUGUUAUGGUGAUACGGAUAUUAAAUAUGUAAUGUUCAUGGUAGUAUUGUUAAUUAUUGACAUCGUAAUAGGGUAAUUAUCAAAUUAAUCGAAGUAAAAUUUUAAAAAACAGUACACAUAAAUUUUGCAUUACGGAUAGAGAACUCUGGACUACGUGAGAAGUUUGCCUGGUGUAUGAUAUUGGGUAAUUUAAUUUAUGCAAUCGAAAGCAACAAUAAAUCAUCAAAAUCAAAGAAUGAUUCUUAACAGAUUAGUAUUAGUAUAUUAUUAAUCGUUUAUUUUUUCAUAUACAAAGCAAUAUAGAAAACAUUAAAAAUAACAAAACUAAUGUAUCGACAUAUUUUGUAGCCAAUUUUUUUAAUUUUUCAGAAAAACUGUUAAAAAUCUAGAAAUUUGUCAAACAAUGUUAGUAUCACCGAUUGAAUAAUCACAUCUUUUCACAAUGCAAAUAAUUUUUAGCAAUUUUACUAACCCAAAAAGAGUUUUUCGAGAAAAAGAGUACACAUCUUGACAAAUUAGUAGCUUACUCGAUAUUACACCGAUAUACUAAAAUUUAGUAAUUUAAUACAAUAUGCAAAUAUUUGCGUGCAAAUUAAAAUAAAUAAUAAUUUAAAUCCAGUUUGUAUAAUAUUGAAUGAUGUUUAAAUUAUAUUUUAAUUUCGAAAGUGUUUAUAAGUAAAUAGCCUACCUCUACAUAUAAAUGUGUGUAGUUUAUAUUAAAUGAUGGUCUUCUUUUCGAAUAAAAUCAUACAGAAAUGUAAAGUUCAUGUUAUACCUACAUAAUUGCAGUUGAAUUUUAUUAAAAUAAUAAUUUAUUAUCUUUUCACAGUAUGGUUGAGAAGACGGUCCCGCAUGUGAUUAACCGCGGUCUGGGCCAACGGCAACAGUUGUCGACAUACGCGUGUCACGACGGGGUCUAAGGCAAACGUUGCUGAACAAUCUCAGAAAUAGAAAAGAUGGUACCGACUAAACAAAUAAACCCAGUUAGAAAUAUAACCCCAGUUACUGUAAAUAAUGAUAUAAUAAUAUUAUGAUUACUUUUAUGCAUAUACCAAUUAUAACAUGUGACGUAUAAAGAUAAUUUGUAUUAUUACUUAUAUAACUGCAUGUAUAUUCAUCAGAAUAAUAAUAUUAAGUGGACCGAGCUGAAUUUUGGUUCUGAGAGGGUUCUGUGCUAACUCUCUACAAGUAUUAGUCUUUAGAUAUUUUUGGUUUUAACAUGUCCUACUUUUGACGUACAAGAAAAGUAGCGCGAGUACUGUGUCACUUUACUGUUGGCCCACUACGGAGGAUAACACAGUAGCAUUUAAUAAGGUGAUAUAUCAUCGGCAUCUUGAAUACCGAGAAUUUGCAUAAUUGGAUUUUUAACUUCUCCAUUCUUCAUUACAACCUUCAAAGUGUAAAAUGUCCAUUAGGGAUGGGCAUGAAAUCAGAAUAUCCGGGUUGUUUACCUAUUC